UGGUGGGCCGGGCUGCUGUGCAUGGGAGUUGGAGAAGCAGCAAAUUUUGCUGCCUAUGCUUUUGCCCCUGCCACGCUGGUAACUCCACUGGGUGCACUAAGUGUUCUUGUUAGUGCAGUGUUGUCCUCCGCCUUCCUGAAUGAGCAGCUGAAUGUUCACGGGAAGAUUGGCUGCAUCCUAAGUAUUCUGGGCUCCACGGUGAUGGUAAUCCAUGCCCCCCAGGAAGAAGAGGUUUCCAGCCUGGAGUCAAUGGCAGAGAAGCUGAAAGAUCCAGGAUUCAUUGUAUUUGCUGUGUGUGUGCUGGUGAGCUCCCUUCUCCUUAUCUUUGUGGCUGGACCCCGUUAUGGACGGAGCAACGUCCUGGUUUAUGUUUUGGUCUGCUCCGCCAUCGGCUCCCUUUCAGUGUCCUGUGUCAAAGGCUUGGGGAUUGCCCUGAAAGAACUGUUUGCUGGGAAGCCAGUCCUGAAAGAACCACUGGGCUGGGUGCUCCUGGUUUGCCUCGUGAUCUGCAUCAGUGUCCAGAUCAACUAUCUGAACAAAGCUUUGGACAUCUUCAACACGUCUGUGGUCACACCCGUUUACUACGUGCUGUUCACCACAGCAGUCAUGACGUGUUCUGCCAUCCUCUUCAAGGAGUGGCAACACAUGGUGCUAGACAACAUCAUCGGCACCAUCAGCGGCUUCCUCACCAUAGUGUGUGGCAUCUUCCUCCUGCACGCCUUCCGAGACAUGCCCUUCACACCCGACCUCCUGCCCCUCUUCUUGCAGCAAAGCAGGGCAGACUUGCGCACAUCAUGGAGGAGUGCAGACAGGCAUCAGUCAUGUCAACACCGGCCUCUUCUGCCCUCGGAAGACAAAGGCUCUCAGAGUGCAGAGGAGGAAGAGGAGGAGGAAGGGGAAGAUGUGUGAGGAAGUCCCUGAACUGCUGGCUUUCUGCUCCCGCCACUGAGCAGCUCCACUGUGCAAGUUUCAACUUGCUGCACCAGAUGCUGCUAGCUACUGCUGUGCUAGUGGGAGUUAGCAGUUCUCCUCUACCUGCCUUGUGCGCGUGAUCCGUGACCUCCCACUGCCAAGAGGCCGACAGCAGCUUCCUGCAGCUACAGACACGAGCCCAGCAAACAGCACGGCUGGUGAGGUCUAGUUCCUCUUCGCUGUUCCUUUACAUGAAUAAUCAAUCUGCCCUUGUCAGGACACAGGCUCUGGCUGUGCAGAGGGCUGCAGCACUAACACAGUGCUAACCAUUACUGAAUGUAAAGACUAUGCGUUUUGGGAGGCAUCAAAGCAUUUUUUUAAAUAGUUAGAGUAACGGUUACAAAAUCUAACAUGGUGCUAAGAUUACAGGGAGAGAAGAGGGGUACCUUGGUCUUCAGGAUGACCCAGAGCAUUAGUUCAAAAAUUCCUCUGAAAAGUACUUGUUCUGCUCACUUUGCUAGAGUUUAUUUACAGAUUCACAGCCAAGAACAGAACACAGCCAAAACUGGAAAACUGGUGCUGCCACAUGCUGCUGUGGCUCUUCCAGAGGAAGCCACCUCUUCAUGCAACUUACUUGUCUGUUGUGCAGGUAGAUGAGGCACCUGCUUACAGUAUUCUAUUAAAACAGAUUUGUUCAGUUA